AUGGUCAAAAGAAAGCGAGAAAACGGCACCAGUGCCGCCCGCUCUGCAGACAGAGCAACCAAGUCAACAGAUGACGAGAACACGGCGUCGAAAAUCAUCAAAACCAACGGUCAUGUGGAUGUCAAGACAACUUCUCCUGUUGUCCAAAUCGUCGUAGGCUCAUAUGAACGAGUUCUGCACGGUAUUACCGCAUCCAUCUCGAACCUGUUGUCAGCAUCGUCUACUGUGUCGGUACAAUUUGCGGACACUUUCCUAUUCAAUGCACAUGCCUCUGCGAUCAAAUGUCUAGCACUAUCACCUCUACCACUGCAUGGCUCUUCUGAAAGCCAGGGCGUUUAUCUGGCCACAGGGGGCUCGGAUGAGAAGGUCAACAUCUUCACCCUUUCCGCCUCACCAGUCGCCGACAAUGAGAGACUUCCACCCAUGCCCUCUCUGGGCAAGAACGCCAUCUCAGAAAAUCCCAGGAAUAGAGAGCUAGGCACUCUUCUUCAGCACUCCUCCCAUAUCACUGCCUUACAUUUCCCAUCGCGGGGAAAGCUGCUCUCCGGCUCAGAAGACAACACCAUUGCCGUCACCCGCUUGAAAGACUUAACGGUAAUAUCGACGAUCAAAGCACCACGUCCCAAGGCUCAAGGUCAACCCAGUGGAGAUACUGUACCACCGGGUGCCACUCCCGCGGGGAUCAAUGACUUCUCGGUGCACCCGAGCUUGAAGCUCAUGUUGAGCGUCGGCCGAGGCGAGAGGUGUAUGAGGCUGUGGAAUCUUGUGACUGGGAAGAAAGCCGGCGUUCUCAAUUUCGGGCGGGAGAUCCUGAAUAGUGUCCGGGAGGGCAAGUACAGCAGUGGGGAGGGCAGGCGAAUACGGUGGAAUCCCGACGGCAGUGAGUUUGCCGUCGCAUUUGAACGAGGCGUCGUUGUGUUCGGGGCAGAUUCGAGACCUAAAUGCAAAGUCUUGCCAGAGCCCCUAACCAAGUUACAUCAGAUUCAUUAUCAAUCCAUACCUUCAGACUUAGGCGAAGGUGCGCCCAAUACGCUUCUGGCACUCUCGACCGAGGAUGGUCGGAUACUCUUCUAUGACACAGACAAAAUCUCGCCGCAUUCAGCAUGUGAAGAAAGCAGCAAUGACCAACCCGGCAGACCAUUCAUUCCGGACGCCACUCUUGUUGCAACAGUCGGCGGCAAUUCUGCAGGAUUCACGACACGUAUCAAGGACUUUGAGAUCCUCUUCCUGCCCCCUAAUGCCCACGGCCAAAAUGACAUGGCCAUUAUUGCAGCAAGCAGUGACGGGACGAUCCGUGUUAUACUCCUGUUGUUAUCUGAGGUAUUAGCCGCUUCAAAGAGCAAGAAACCGGUCCAGGCCGGAAUAGUGAUUGGGACGUAUGAGACUGGCAAUAGGAUCACCUGCCUGAAGGCCUUCGUCAUGCUGCCUCCUGAUGUUACCGAGGAUGAGGAUGAGCUCAGAGAUGAAGAUGAGGAAUUCAUGGGAUUUGAUGAGCAGGAGGAGAGCGAGCAGAGUGAGAGUAGUAGUGAUGAAGACUGA